UCAUUGUCAUUGUGUUCACAGUUGUGUCACCAUCGCAAACCAUCAAGAUGGGAGCAAGUACCAAGACGGGAAAAUUUGCCGUCGGAUUUACGGCAUUCGCGUUCCUGUUUAUCGUGAUUGCGUUCUGUUCGCCGUACUGGCUGACAACCGACGGAAAGCUGGUGAAACCGAAAUUCACCAAUCUGGGACUGUGGGAGCUAUGCUUGAAUGAUUUCCAGGAUAUCCAUCGGUUCUACGAUACACGCUUCACCGGUUGCAUGUGGAUAUUCGAGGAAGAGUAUUACAUAUUGCAUGACUACAUUCUACCUGGGUUUUUCAUUGCGGUGCAGUUCUUUUUCACCCUUUGCUUCACCCUGCUGCUGAUGGGAAUCGUAAUGACCCUGCUAUUUUUGGGCUGCUCGAGGGAUAACGAUCGCUACAUUAUGCUGCUGCUGACCAACGGGACGACCUUGGUCGUCGGUGCCAUCUGCGGGCUAAUUGCGGUCGUUACGUUCGGGUGUUACGGUGAUAGCCGAGAUUGGAUGCCAAACUGGGAACACAACGAUAUGGGCUGGGCAUUUGCUGUUGGGGUUGUCGGGGUGUUUGCUCUCUUUCCGGCCGGAAUCCUGUUCAUCGUGGAAGCCCGAAGAGCGACCUACCGACGGUUGAACAACAUUGCCAAUUCCGAAAUGGCUGCCUACAGUAUGGAUGAACGGAAGUACCGUGGAGGACACACGGAUAUCUGAACAUGAGAGGGGCUAGAGCCUUCUGUAUAGUAAGCAGUUAGGGAGUCCGAUUUUUUUAAUAUAUACUAGCAUUAGACUCGUCAUCUUGUAAUCUCUUGACAGCAUUAUCUCUUUUGGUUGGACUCAUUAUUUUAUUAGCUAGGACUGUACUUGGAAAUGUUCACAUUCCGUCCAACCCGCGACAGCGGUCUUCAGGUUUAAGAUAGGAGAGUGCAUUUACUCAGUAUCGAAUAAUUAUGUAAGAUUCAAGUUUUUCACGAAAAAAUAAAUUUUGUGUAACAAAAACUA